AAUGAUAUAAAAAGUCUAAACACUCGUGUCUUGGAGGUAGAAAAAAGCCAAGAAUUUAUUUAAAAAUCACUGGACACUAACGAUAAAAACACCUCAAAAGCACUCAAUGAUCUUUCUGAAUUGAAAACAGCAUUAGAAAAUUCCAUGAAGCAGAACGCUAGACUCACAAAUGAUAUCCUUGACCUUCAAUGCAGAUCAAUGCGAGACAAUUUACUAUUCUACGGAGUAGAAGAGGCACCAAAAGGGGAGCAAGAAAACUGUGAAGUUAUUGUUAAGAGAAUAUGCUCUGCCAAGUUAGAACUAGAGGAUGACAUUCUAAUAGAAAGGGCACACAGAAUCGGCAGAAGAAACAACGUAAAACCACGCCCGAUUGUAGCAAAAUUCAACAGAUUCCCCCAGCGUGAACUCAUCCGCAAAAAUGCCUUCAAACUUAAAGGAACACACCUGUCGAUCGGUGAACAAUUCCCAAAAGAAAUACAAGAACGGAGGAAGGGCCUGUACCCCAUUUAUAAGAAGGCCAAGGAAGAUGAAAAAAAGGCAUCCCUUGUUAAAGACAAACUUUACAUCGAUGGAGAGUUAUACAUUGAUGCUGGAUCUGAAACGCCGGAGUACGAGUAUCCUUAAUCAGAGGGGGGUGCAAGAGGAUUCAGAAGAGGUGGCAGAGGUGGUAGGGGAAAAUAGAGGGGUCAGGAGAGCCAAGAUGUAUUACGAAUCAUAGGAUGGAAUUUACACGGAGGUUUUGACAAUAAAUGGAAAGAUAACAAUUUGAGAAAUUUUUUGUGUACGUAUGACAUAAUUUGCCUAUCUGAAUGCUGGAUUGAAAAGGAUUAUAAAAUCGACGAUCCGAAUUUCAAAGCGUUCAUUUUUCCUAGGAAAACUAGAACUAUGCAUGGUGGGGGGACUAUUAUACUUAUAAGAAAUGAAUAUAUUCCAUACAUUACUUUUGUUGAAGCUGUUUAUGAUACAAUUAUAUGGCUAAAAAUAGAUAAAGAUUUUUGUAAUCACGAUAAUGAUAUAUACAUUGCUUUUACAUAUUUCCCCCCUUACAAUUCUGUAUUUUUCAAAGAGAAUGAAAUUAAUUUAUUUGAGGAAUUAGAAAAACUAUUAAGCUUUUAUAUGUUGGUUGGUGAUGUUUUUAUAUUUGGUGACUUCAACAGUAGAACAAAAUCUUUGCCUGAUUUUAUCUUGAAUGAUGAGUUACAUGCAUCGGUGAACAACACAUUACAAUACAGAACUGACGAUCAGCUGACUGCGAGGGUCAACCCAGAUCUAGGUCACAAUGAAUACGGAAACCGGUUACUGUCGUUGUGUAAAGCCACAGGUGUGCGUAUUGUGAACGGUCGGCAUAGUGGUGGACAUUCCAACGACUUUACUUUUAAUGGUGCUCGUGGUCUUAGUACAAUAGAUUAUUUAUUGACCACAACUGACAUGUUUGAUUCUAUUAGUAAAUUUAUUGUCUGUAACUUUACUACAUUUUCAGACCAUGCACCUUUACAUAUCGAAUUGAGAUGCUCUUUGUCUAUGGAAUCUUCUGAAAACACUAAUUCGCAUGUUUAUAAAACCCGUAGUAUUUACAAAUGGGAUCCAACAUAUAGUGAAACAUGCAAAGACUUUUUCAAUUCAUUAGACGACAUGUAUAGUCAUGUGGAUUUUAAUGGAAUUUCUACACAAAAUUAUCUAGACAAUUGUAUUGCAAAAAUUACUGAUAUGUUGAAUGUUGAUG